GAGCUGGUGUGGAAUCUGAGUUGGAAAUGGGAGAUGUCCUUCUCCCAAACAUUCUCAUCAUCUGGUUACUGUGAAUGAUCAGAAAUGGACUGAUGGCCAUGAAGGUGAAGGACAAUACCUUGGAGUGAGUCACCAGGUUGCUCCAAAGAGAGAUCAGGAGAAUGAAUGUCACCGAGAAUGUCUCUGAGAUCUUUAUUCUGCUACAGCUCAGCACCGGCAUCUCAGGGAAUGUAUUCCUCCUGCUGCUUACUAUCCACACAGUCUCCACCAGCCACUGGUCCAACUCCUCUGAUCUAAUCUAUGCACAACUGUUUUUGACAAACAAUCUCAUUCUUCUCACAGGGAAUAUCCCAGGCAUUGUGUUUAUCUUGGGGCUGUGGAAUUUCUUGGAUGGUGCUGGGUGUAAACUCCUUAUUUAUGUUCAUCGAGUGGCUUGGAGUCUUGCCAUCUGCACCAUCUGCCUCCUGAGUGUCUUCCAGGCCAUUACCAUCAGCCCUAGCACCUCCCAGUGGGCAGGAAUUAAAGUCAAAUUGCCCAAGUGCAUCAUCCCCUGUUUCCUCUCCUUCUGGGUUCUCAGUCUCCUGAUAGAUGUUUCUGCACCAAUAUAUAUUAUAUGCCCCCAGAAUAGCACCAGGGAUCAAUAUACAUUUAUAUUGAAGCACUGUUCCUUAGUCAAUAGUGCAGAAACUUUAUUAAUAAAUACUUGUGUGAUUUCUUUCAGGGACCUUAUCUUCAUGGGGCUCAUGGGCACGGCUAGUGGCUAUUUGGUAUUUGUCCUGUGCAGACACCACUGGCGGGUCCGACACUUCCAUGGGUCUGGCUGCUCCCCUAGGGCGAUACCUGAGAUGCAGGUGGCCAAAUAUGUAAUCGUCCUGAUGGCCCUGUACCUUCUUCUUUAUGGUCUGGAGACAUUCAUGUUGACUGCUUUCUUGAACAUGAGAAACAAAUCUCUGCGGGUGACAACCAACAUAGAUCUGUCAAUCCCCUUCUCUGUAAUCAGUCUAUUCCUGGUGAUUCACAGCAACCGGAGGAUGAGAACCUGUGGGAAAAGGAAAUCCCACUCCUAA